AUGGUGGCCAAGUUAGCACCCUGCAGAAACACACAUGACCCCCUCUCGACCCGGGAAGCGGCUGAUUUGGUAUUCAAUGGCCGUCUGCACGAUUGUUUCGGCAGAGAGUAUGGCCCACUUGGCUCGGCCGGUUUGGCCAAACCGGCCGAGCCAAGUGGGCCAUACAUCUGUGCGCCAGUAUUGCAGGACGAAUCUGCCUCCUCCUUCCCGCCGACCUUCUCUCUUCCCACAACCAUCAUCGUACGACCACCGUCUUACAACCAUCAGAAGCCCAUGGAGUUGUUACCAGCCUCCGUCGUCCAACACGAUCUGCCGCACGAGAUUGACAUCAGUGGCCGGCGCCAAGACGAUAACAGUGUUGUUCUGGUCGCUGUCCGUCGCGCUGACGAACAUGUUGUAGAGGAUACUCUACACAUCGUCGAGGUUGAGCAGCAUGGAUGCCUUUAUAUCAUUUGCACAGCAACGGCUAAGCAGUGUUGCUCCUCCGCGCCGCAGGAAGAUCCGCGCUUUAUUCUCUUUCAAUUAGGGACCUGUAUUACAAAAUGCAGCAGAGAUGUGCUCCCCAGCGUACGGACGUGCAGACCUAACCAGGCAAACGACGCUCUAUCCAGGGCGAGUUCUCAGCAGUCCGCUAGUCCACCAGCCGACGCUGAGUGUCAAUCUCAGCAAAGCGUUGAACCUAGCGUCGUACAUCCAACCCCGGCUGGCCUGGAAGUCAUUGGUGGCCCUCCGCUGCUGCCUACCUUUGCGAGUGGUUUUGGGCGGAUGAUGCACGACGGCGAUGAUUUCAAGUUAGCAAUUCGACUCUGCAGGUUUGACGAGGAGUCGAAGCCCUCUUUGCUAAGCCUGUGGCGCCGCUAUGCCUUAGAGAAGGAUGAUGCAACAGUUGUCUACAGCAAAAUGCGCAACGCAACAAAGGGCAACGCCAAGACAUCACAGUACCUUCACUGGGUGGUAUCGUUCAUGAACCUAGCCUUACUGCAUUUCGAAAUUGUCGACAAGAACUUGGUGGUGCAGAGUGGCGACCUAAAACGGCAAGCACGCAAGGCGUCAAGAGUGAUUCAGCUCCUUGCACCUUUUGGCAUGGCUGGCUUGCUCAUUCUUACGGUCUUUGGCCACGCUACUACGAGCUUCUACUCAAUCUGCAAAGCCUCUGAUGAGGAUUGGGUUGGCCUCAAAGAUGGUCUGGAGUGGGCUUUGCGUUCAGUUCUCCCAUAUAUUGCCCAGCGGCUCGAGGGUAGUCGUGCUCUACGUCGAGUCGUCCCUGUUUUCCACCCUGUGUCAUUUUGUAUCUGGUAUCGUUACCAGAUGGAAGGGCAGCUUCUAACAUACGAAUAUGUUUCGUCAACGUUUGGCGCAAGCGACCGGGCAUUCUCAUGCAUGGAAUUGUUUACGGACAUGAUGCUUGGCGAGCUUCUAGAGUCAAUGCCACUAGGAGACGAAAGAGCAGAUACACCAUGUCCGUUUCAGUCCAAGGUAGUGGAAUUGUUAGAUCCUAUUCUCACCAAAGCUGCGAAUAGACCCUACGAUCCCGUACGCGAUGUCAGCAUACGACGCGAGUCUGAACCUUCACGCCGUGGCAGGACGACUCCAGUUAUAAACGGCAGCCACGACAACAUCAUGCAUGUACAUCACAUGCCGGAAUGCAACAGCGCUCCUGACCUCAACCUAGAAUCCAUGACUUGGUCAGGCGGCUCCGAGGCUGAGAACGCGGCGCACGCUGGCGAGAGCGGCGGAGAAUGGACUGGCGCAGCAGCCGGGCAGAAGAGACCCCAGGUCGAAGACAGUCCUACCUCAAAGAGGCACAGACCAAGCGCAGAAGAGACUGCGGAGAGGUUGGAUGCCAGCGAGGCGUCGAAUGCCGACCCGGAAAUUUCGGCCUCUACUUCUCACGCUGCUCCGCAGGGUGACGUUGCAAGGGGGGCUGUGACUGGCAUUGCAGAUCCUGUGCAGCACCAGACGUUGGAAGAAUACAUGCAGUUUUACGGAUUGAGAUCGGAAAACUGGGAUUCAAUGUGCAACACCUUCUCAGUCACAUCCUGGGAGGGAAUGUUCGACGGCAUCCCGGCGACAUCUACAAUGGCACACGUGGACAUUCCCAUCAGCAACGAGUUACAGGACGUGGAUUUCAGCGAGAACGCAGCUUCUCUUCCAACUUUUUUAUCGGAAAUACAGCCAAGUGGAACGGUACCCCCUGCGGAAGAAACCGAAACCUAA